AUGUCGAUUUAUGUUGCUCAAGCGCGCUCGUACCGUUUAACUGAACAGGGUCAGUAUUGGGGGGACACCACGCAACCCCUGGAAACGACGGACUCAUUUGUGCAGCAUAGCACGACAUCCAACUUCGCGUAUAGGGACCCCUCGAACGGUAGUUGGCCUGGAUGCACGUUUGCUACCGCUCCUGUACAAUCACCAUUUCAGCCUUUGCUUACCUCCUCACCAACAUCCCAAGAGCAUCUGCCGUCACGCUCUCCAUCGCGAAGUUCUCCAACAAACGUGUCACCUUACGCUAACACUGGGAAUUAUUGCCCUUCAUCAUACACUGAUUCGAUUGCGCUCCCAAACUCGUUCUCUAGCCCUCAUCCCCAAACAUCUUCGUAUGGUCACGCAGUCAAGAUACCUUCAGAGUCAAAUUACCCAAGUGCUUCGUUCAUAUCGACACAAUACCACCAUCCUCCGGCGAGGCAAGAUCAAACUGGGUUGGAUAACAGCUAUUCUACGGCCUUUGAUGGUGGCUAUCACUCUAGCGGAGGUCCGGAACCAACUCAUUCUGAGCACUCGAACACACCCCAAGCACAAUCGUUGUACAACAGCCAGCCCUCAUCUUACGCUACAUACGACAAUGGACGAGGUAGUGUUGUUGGUUCCGAACACCCCUAUAGCUACUCCGUCCACGAAACUCACGACAACAUCUAUAAUCAAGGAGCCGAACAAAGCGCCAGCUCGUUCGCUAUUUCUCCGCCCUACAGUGCCUCGCCUACCGCGCAUACACCCAAUUCGUCACAAGCUCCGCCGAUCCAAGAACCCGCGAGCCCACAGCGACACGGAAUCGGCUCGACCAAUGCAGUACGCCGUCGAGUUGGAAUCAUGCUACACGCCCAACAAUGUCAACAAGUUGAACAAACUGAGCGCUCCCGAGCCCGGAUGGGUUCUUCGAAAGGUUGCCGGGACAAACUUACCCCAACAAGUGAUGGUUCCAGAGAAGGCCAAGAUGCCUCGGCCAAGUACAAGGCAGCAUACGAGCGAAUCCGGCUUCAAAGAGAUUUCUAUGAGCGAGCUGCGUCAUCUCUUGUGCACCAGGUGGACAUUUUAGGCGGAGACCCGAUGCAGGCGUCUAGACAGGCGUCCAAAGAGGGAGAGCUAGACUCCAAGGCAGCACGGAUCCUUAUCUCUUCUUUGCAACGCGAACUCGAAAACCUGAGGGCGAAAUUAAUCGAAACUCAAAAAGAGAUUUAUUCCCUCCGCCAAUCAUGCGAUGAUUCUUCGCGUAGCGUGAGCAGCGGCUACUUUAUAGAAGAGGGUGAUGAUAACUCCCCGCUUUCGGCAGCUCCCGUCACGGUAUGCACUCAUCGCCGCAAGUAG